AUGGAGAGCAACAUGAGUGCCAACAUCGAGAGCAACACGAGUGCCAACAUAGAGAGCAACACGAGUGCCAACAUAGAGAGCAACAUGAGUGCCAACAUAGAGAGCAACAUGAGUGCCAACAUGACACCACUGGGCACGAUAUCCAAGACCUCAAGGCAGACACCACUGGGCACGAUAUCCAAGACCUUAAGGCAGACACCACUGGGGGACGAUAUCAAAGACCUCAAGGCAGACUCCACUCGGCACGAUAUCCAAGAUCUCAAGGCAGACACCACUGGACACGAUAUCCUAGACCUCAAGGCAGACACCAGUGGGCAUGAUAUCCAAGACCUCAAGGCAGACAACACUGGGCACGAUAUCCAAGACCUUGAGGCAGACACCACUGGGCGCGAUAUCCAAGACCUCAAGGCAGACACCACUGGGCACGAUAUCCAAGACCUCAAGACAGACACCAGUGGGCAUGAUAUCCAAGACCUCAAGGCAGACAACACUGGGCACGAUAUCCAAGACCUUAAGGCAGACACCACUGGUUUGGAGACCCCUGGUCUAGACCUCAAGGUAGACACCAGUGGGCACGAUAUCCUAGACCUCAAGGUAGACACCAGUGGGCACGAUAUCCUAGACCUCAAGGUAGACACCAGUGGGCACGAUAUCCAAGACCUCAAGGUAGACACCAGUGGGCACGAUAUCCAAGACCUCAAGGUAGACACCAGUGGGCACGAUAUCCUAGACCUCAAGGUAGACACCAGUGGGCACGAUAUCCAAGACCUCAAGGUAGACACCAGUGGGCGCGAUAUCCUAGACCUCAAGGCAGACACCAGUGGGCGCGAUAUCCUAGACCUCAAGGCAGACACCAGUGGGCACGAUAUCCAAGACCUCAAGGCAGACACCAGUGGGCGCGAUAUCCUAGACCUCAAGGCAGACACCAGUGGGCGCGAUAUCCUAGACCUCAAGGUAGACACCAGUGGGCACGAUAUCCUAGACCUCAAGGUAGACACCAGUGGGCGCGAUAUCCUAGACCUCAAGGCAGACACCAGUGGGCGCGAUAUCCUAGACCUCAAGGCAGACACCAGUGGGCGCGAUAUCCUAGACCUCAAGGUAGACACCAGUGGGCACGAUAUCCUAGACCUCAAGGUAGACACCAGUGGGCGCGAUAUCCUAGACCUCAAGGCAGACACCAGUGGGCGCGAUAUCCUAGACCUCAAGGCAGACACCACUGGGCACGAUAUUGAAGACCUCAAGGCAGACACCACUGGACACGAUAUCCAAGACCUCAAGGCAGACACCAGUGGGCACGAUAUCCAAGACCUUAAGGCAGACACCAGUGGGCACGAUAUCCAAGACCUCAAGGCAGACAACACUGGGCACGAUAUCCAAGACCUCAAGGCCGACACCACUGGGCACGAUAUCCAAGACCUCAAGGCAGACACCACUGGGCGCGAUGUCCAAGACUUUAAGGCAGACACCACUGGGCGCGAUAUCCAAGACCUCAAGGCAGACAACACUGGGCACGAUAUCCAAGACCUUAAGGCAGACACUACUGGGCGCGAUAUCCUAGACCUUAAGGCAGACACCAGUGAGCACGAUAUCCAAGACCUAGAGACAGACACCAGUGGGCAUGAUAUCCAAGACCUCAAGACAGACACCAGUGGGCAUGAUAUCAAAGACCUCAAGACAGACACCACUGGGCACGAUAUCCAAGACCUCAAGGGAGGCACCACUGGGCACGAUAUCCAAGACCUUAAGGCAGACACCACUGGGCGCGAUAUCCAAGACCUCAAGACAGACACCAGUGGGCAUGAUAUCAAAGACCUCAAGACAGACACCACUGGGCACGAUAUCCAAGACCUCAAGGCAGACAACACUGGGCACGAUAUCCAAGACCUUAAGGCAGACACCACUGGGCACGAUAUCCAAGACCUUAAGGCAGACACCACUGGGCACGAUAUCCAAGACCUCAAGGCAGACAACACUGGGCACGAUAUCCAAGACCUCAAGGCAGACACCACUGGGCACGAUAUCCAAGACCUCAAGGCAGACAACAGUGGGCACGAUAUCCAAGACCUCAAGGCAGACAACACUGGGCACGAUAUUCAAGACCUCAAGGCAGACACCAGUGUGCGCGAUAUCCAAGACCUCAAGGCAGACAACACUGGGCACGAUAUCCAAGACCUCAAGGCAGACAACACUGGGCACGAUAUUCAAGACCUCAAGGCAGACACCAGUGUGCGCGAUAUCCAAGACCUCAAGGCAGACAACACUGGGCACGAUAUCCAAGACCUCAAGGCAGACAACACUGGGCGCGAUAUCCAAGAAAAACGCCAGUUCAUCUACGAAUCAACGUCAUGA